CCUUUCUUCCUCAAUUUUACAUUUUUCGAUUUUAUUUAUACCUUCUUCGAUUUCGUUUUUGGAACAAUUUUCAUUUCUUGUUGAUUCAUGUCUCUUAAUCGUUUGUUGGAUUUCUAUGUUAGCAACCCAAUUUAUGAGAUUUCAUUUUUUUUUUUUCCUUACAGCUUUAAACCCUUAAUUUUGUGGUUUUCAUCUUAUAUUUGAUGAUUGUCAUAAUUAAUUGUUACUGUAUUUUUUUUUUAAGUUUCUAUUUUUGUGGGAGAUGCUGAUUAUGGAUUAUUAAGCUUUUAAUGAAUGUGUAUUUGGGAGAGCUCUUUUGGUGUGCUAACAAUUUUGUGAUGGAUUUUGUUAGUUAGUAGAGAUUUUAGGCAUAUUUGUAGCUUUGUACUGGUAAUUCCUUUGACUAAGGUACUUGCUAGAAAUUGAUUUUAAUGAGAUGAAUUAGGAAUGAAAUUGUAACGAAAUUUAAUGAAGAAAUGAAUUUAAUAGCACGAGUCCCAUUAUGUGGGUCUAGUACAUUCAGCGGUGUUGACUGUUGAGUGAGGAGCUUUUGAUCUUUGCUGCUGCAAAUUCUUUACACAAUCUUUAGUGAUGAUAUGUUCAGGCACAAGAGAUAACAAGAUCCUUUUGAUGACUAUUAACGGAGUGGAAAUUAAGGGCAUGUUCUCAUUGACUGAAAUGAGCUAAACUGACUGAACUUAUUAGAACUGAACUGAACUAGAAUGAAUAAAUAAGGAUUGUUUUGGAUCCAUUCAUGUCAUCUUAGUUUCAAUUUUUGGAUACAGUGGGAGAUGCUACAUGCUUUUGAUGGGAUAGUGACCAUUUUUCCAUUAAGUAUUGCAAUUCUAAGGGUUUAUUGCUGUAUAAAGAUCUCUAUCAAACAUUAUCAUUUUUAUGUUGGCUUUGCUUUUAGCUUAAUGAAACAAUGACGACUGCAUUUAUGCCAUAACGAAACCUGUUCAAAAAAAUGUUGAAAGCUUUUAUGAAAUGAGAAUAAGAAAAUGCUCUUUUUUUUUUCUUGAUAAAUGUUUCAGCAUAGUUAUUUAUGAAUCUAGGAGUGCAAUUAGUUAAUAACAAAACAUGACAUACAGUGACAAGGAUCUGUUAGAGUUUGUUCAGCUAAUAAUGCAAGAUUCAGGCUUCUACGGCUGUCAGAAGCAGCUGAAAACUUAUGCCGGCAAGCAGCUGUAAGUGUACGCAAGGGAAAAGAUGAUGAUGCUAGGGAGCUUCUUUUCCAGAAGAAGAAAAUUAUGUCAGCUUUAGAGAAGUCAAAAGGUCGUGUAGAAUUGCUUGACAAGCUUGCAGCAAAACUUAAUGAGGCAAUAUCUAUCAAAGAAGCGCAAUUAGUCAGAAAUGUUGCAUCAGAUCUUGAUAUUAAUGGAGAUGAUGCUGGAAGUCCUGUACAUAUUGUUUCUCCGACACAAGAUAACAGGACGACUUCAGAUAAUGACAGCCAUACCACCUUCAACAGAUCUGAAUUUAGUGAAGAACAAGAACUUGGUCUCGAUAUUGACAGGGAAGGAGAUAUUUUGUCUUAUAGUCAGGCAGAAGAAUUUCCCGGAAGCCUCAGCAGUGAAACUGAAGCAAACAUGCUUAGUAGCUUCAGAGGUCCAUCGUCUUUUAUUGAUAUUUUGGAGGAUCUUGACCAACAAUUAAACAAUAUUGAAAUUGACUUGGCCUUGGUACUAGUUACUGAGGAGAUACCCAAUAACACUAAAUUGCAACAGUUGAAAAUUCUUGAAAACAUUCGUAGUGCUAGAGGGAGGAUACGCAAUCAUGUCAAGGAAAUCACGGCGACUAGGUAGAUGCAUGCUUGUUUCCAGAGGAGAUGUCCCUCACAAGAGGCCGGUUUUCACAAAUAAUGGAAAGACUGUUAAAGGGAGUGUUUGUUUAUGGGUAACUUGAAAGAGAUCAUAUCCAUGGCUCUACAGCAACUCAUGGACCAGGAGCCAGACAUGUAGCAGUACUGUAAGUCAUGAUAGGGUUCAAAUCAAAUUCGAAGUCCAGAAAUGAAUAUCAAAGAAGAGAAAGUCUUGUACUAAGUAGGGUAAAAAGAGCAAGGCCACUUCAUGCACCCUAGUGGCUGCUAAGCAGUUCAAAGUUGCUGUGACCAAAUUGACUUAGAGAAAGUGUCGUGUUCACAGAUUGUGCUUCAAUAUAUGAAGUUGUGAACAUACUGCAAUUAUAGUACUAAUUCAUACUAUGAACCUGUCUAAGGAUUGAACAUAGCAUGGUUAUAGGGCAGAACUCCGUAUCUACACUUUGCCACUUUGUUUCAUCAUCUUUGUCUGGAUCUUCAUUUUUCAAAUAUCUAAGCAUUAAUUUACUUCA